AUGUCUAUGUCAAAUUAUUUCACACCUGUUGCCGAUGCAUCGGUAACGUUUAAUGGUGCGAAUAUCAACAUUAUACAUACUCCUGGUGACGAAGAGAAGGUGGACAGGGUAUCAAACGUGAAUCUUGACACUACGGGCAAUACUGAAAUCAAAGCUAACACAUUAAAUGACGUUACUUUGAAAGCAGACGAAGGUGAGGUUAUUUUGGUUCUCGGUAACCCUACAUCAGCGUUCUUUAAGACCCUUUUCCAGGGCAAGAAAAAUCUAAACUAUACUCCCGAAAACGCCAUCCUUUUCAAGAAUAACGAAUUCAAAUCUUUCUCAUCGAAAUGUCCACAACAGAUUAUUUAUAACAAUGAGAAGGACGUUCAUUUCCCGUAUUUGACUGUGAGACAAACCAUUGAUUUUGCCUUGUCCUGUAAGUUUGACAUCCCAAAGGAGGAAAGAGACAAUUUGAGAAAUGAAAUUUUGCAAGAGUUUGGCCUGUCACAUGUUCUGGAUACAUUUGUUGGUAACGACUUCGUUCGUGGUAUUUCAGGUGGUGAACGUAAGCGUAUCUCAAUUAUCGAGACUUUCAUCGCUAAUGGAUCUGUUUACUUGUGGGAUAACUCGACGAAGGGUUUAGAUUCUGCUACAGCACUAGAUUUUUUGAGUAUCUUGCAAAGGAUGGCACGAGCUACUCGUUCUGUGAACUUUGUCAAAAUAUCUCAAGCUUCUGACAAACUUGUAGACAAGUUUGACAAAAUUCUGAUGUUUAGCGAUUCAUAUCAAGUGUUUUACGGAACUAUUGAUGAGUGUCUCAAAUUCUUUCAUGAUGAUCUGGGCAUCGAAAAAAACCGUAAUGAUUGUAUUAUCGAAUAUUUGACCUCCAUUUUAAACUUUCAGUUUGCCACAACAAAUAUGAACCCUCAAUUGAUCCCCACUUCGGAGUCUGACCUGUACAGUCUAUGGACAGGCUCUUCAUUCUACAAAAAGUGUAAGCAAGAGGCAUCGAAUCACCCUCCAGUUCGAAGCUCGGUCAAUCCUGAUGACAUCACCCCAAAGUUUUCGGUCCCUCUAAAGGUUCAAAUGCAAACUACCACCCGGAGAGGUUUUGAAAGAAUCAUCGGUGACCGUAGUUAUUUGAUUUCGCAAUUUAUCUCCGUGGUCAUUCAAAGUCUGGUUAUCGGCUCUCUGUUCUAUGACCUACCCAAAACGACAAUUGGUUCUUUCUCGAGAGGUUCGCUGAGUUUUUUCUCGCUUCUAUUCUUCACCUUCCUUUCGUUGUCCGAUAUGCCUGCUGCUUUCCAAAGACAGGAGGUGGUUACCAAACACGUGCAACUGCAUUUUUACUACGGCUGGGUUGAAACUAUGGCUGCCACAUGCUUCGAUUACUGUUUCAAGUUUUUGCUAGUUGUUGUGUUUACAAUCAUCCUGUAUUUCUUGGCCCAUAUGCAAUACAACGCUGCUAGAUUCUUCAUCUUCCUGCUUUUCCUUUCGAUUUACAAUUUCAGUAUGGUUUCUUUGUUUUCUCUAACCGCGUUAGUGAGCCCAACACUGUCAGUAGCUAACAUGUUAGCCGGUAUUCUGUUACUUGCGAUUGCAAUGUAUGCCUCUUAUGUUAUUCACAUGGAAGAUAUGCACCCAUGGUUUAUUUGGAUUGCCUAUCUAAACCCAGCUAUGUUUUCAAUGGAGGCUAUUUUAGCAAACGAAAUGUUCGACAUCAAUUUAGAUUGUACAGAGUCCAUUAUUCCUCGGGGCCCUGCCUAUAACAAUGUCAGCUUCGCUCACAAAGCAUGCGCAUGGCAGGGUGCUACGUUAGGUAAUAACUACGUCAGAGGUCAGGAUUAUCUGAAAAGUGGGUUGAAGUACACUUACCACCAUGUUUGGAGGAACUUCGGUAUUCUAAUUGGUUUCUUGUGUUUUUACCUGUUCCUUUCCCUCUUCAUUGCUGAAUUCAUUACCCCACUGUACACGAGAGAUAACCUGUUGAGGUGGAGCGCUUACCUUUCGGAGCGCAAUCCGUUCUCAAGUAAUGAUAAGAAAAAGGUAAAGACAGCUCCAAAUGAUUUUGUACGCCCAACCAUAUCUUCUUCAGCUUCCACUUCAUCGGACUCAAUUUCAGAUAGCAUUACAAAGGGGAAAGGCAAGGGGGAUGAUACCAUGGAACGUGUUCGCUCCAAGGAUGGGGAUGAUACCAUGGAACGUGUUCGCUCCAAGGAUGGGAAGGUCAUAGUCAAUCAAAAACACGUUAUUUCCUGGAAAAACAUUAACUACACAGUGGGAGGAAAUAAGCAGCUGAUUAAUGAUGCUACCGGAUUCAUUAGCUCAGGGCUAACAGCGUUGAUGGGUGAGUCUGGUGCUGGUAAAACCACUUUGUUGAAUGUUUUAUCUCAACGGACCGAGACUGGUGUUGUUACAGGUGAAUUACUGAUUGAUGGGAAGCCGCUGACCGAUAUUUCAGCCUUUAGAAGAAGUAUUGGUUUUGUUCAGCAACAAGAUGUCCAUUUGGAUCUAUUGACUGUUGCUGAGUCGUUGGAAAUAUCUUGUGUGCUGAGGGGGGAUGGUGAUAUGGACUACCUACUAUCCAUUGCCAAAUUGUUGAAGUUACCAAGUGACAAACUUGUUGCGGACUUAACUCCUACCGACAGAAAGCUUUUAUCUAUCGGCGUCGAACUAGUUACCAAACCAUCUCUGUUGCUGUUUUUGGAUGAGCCCACUUCUGGUUUAGAUGCCGAGGCUGCAGUUACCAUUGUUCAAUUUUUGAAGAAAUUGUCCGAGCAAGGACAAGCCAUUCUGUGCACUAUCCAUCAACCGAGCAAAAGUGUUAUCAGCUAUUUUGAUAACAUUUACUUGUUGAAAAGAGGCGGUGAAUGUGUUUAUUUCGGUGGUAUUACGAAUGCCUGUGACUACUUCCUUAACCAUGAUUCCUCUCUUCAUUAUGACAGGGAGCUAGAUAACCCUGCUGAUUUUGUUAUUGAGGUUGUUGGUGGCAAUAAGAAAAAGGACAAGAGCGGCGAAAUCAUUGAAAAGCCGAAAUUCAACUGGACUGCUGCGUGGAAUAACUCACCUGAGAAGUUUAACACUACAAAGGAAAUGGCAGAAAUGGAAAGUGAAGCUCGUAAUUCUGGUGUUAACUUUACUACGUCGGCAUGGAGCCAAAGAUCGUAUUACGACCAAUUGAGACUGGUAAUAAAAAGACAAUACUUAUGCACACGUAGAGAUAAAGUAUACCUUAUCUCCAAGUUCUGUUUAAAUGCUGGUGCUGGGUUAUUUAUUGGGUUUUCUUUCUGGAAGACAAAGGAGAACAUCAGUGGUUUGCAAAAUGCCAUUUUCCUGUCCUUCAUGAAUUUGUGUCUAUCGUCUCCGUUGAUUAAUCAAGUACAAGACAAAGCCCUUCAAUCCAAAGAUGUCUAUUUGGCAAGAGAGGCGAGAUCUAACACGUAUCAUUGGUCAGUUCUUUUGCUGGCACAAACUAUAAUCGAGUUGCCAUUGGCUAUUUCCAGUUCAACUUUGUUUUUCUUAUGUUGCUAUUUCUGCUGUGGCUUUGAUAACUCUCCUCACAUUGCUGGUGUAUUCUACCUGAAUUAUAUCCUGUUCAGUGUUUAUUAUUUGACUUUCGGUUUAUGGUUGCUAUACGCUGCUCCGGAUUUGCAAACAGCUGCUGUAUUAGUUGCUUUCCUAUACAGUUUUACUGCCUCCUUCUGUGGUGUUAUGCAGCCAUACAGUUUAUUCCCAAGGUUCUGGACAUUCAUGUACAGAGUCUCGCCUUACACCUAUUUUAUCGAAACGUUUGUCAGCUUAUUGUUACAUGACCGUCCAGUCAAGUGUCGUACAAGCGAGAUGGUUCCUGGCCAACCACUUCCGGGCCAGAACUGUAUCCAGUUUAUGAAACCAUUUAUUGAUGAAUUUGGUGGUUGGUUACAAAUUGAAACUAGUCGUAGUGUUUGUGCGUACUGCACGUAUUCGAAAGGUGACGACUUCUUGGCUCAAGAAAAUAUGAGUUAUCAUCACCGGUGGAGAAACUUUGGUAUUGAGAUUGCAUUUUGUGUCUUUAAUUUCUGUGCAAUGUUUAUUGGGUUUUACUUGACAUACGUCAAGAACGUCUGGCCAACUGUUGGUGCUUUCAUUUCCAAGGUACUUCCUAUUAACCGUGCACUAAAAAAAUCGCCUUCUGCAAAAAAGGACUCCACAAAAGACGAUGAGUUGUCCAUUGACAAGGUAUAA